CACUAGACAAUCAAAGUCGAAGCAGAAUGGGCCAGACGUAGGGCCUAGAAGAUAUAGAAUAUGGCUAGCGACAACUUCAGAGAAAAUUUAAAGCCGUAUUGUAUAGCUGUUGAAGGCUUUCCGGCGGAUACAAAUGAAAGCCAAGUGAGACUGGUAUUUACAAAAUGUCUGAAGGCAGAAAGUAUCGCGGGUGCCCAAAUCGAACGAACAAAAUGGCUGAUGUUAUUUCAUGAUGGAGCUGAGGUUGAUGCAUGGUUGAAAAGGAGUGGAAUUCAAUUACCAAAUUAUGUACUUGAGAUCAGUCCUUGUAUACCCUGUGACAUUCCAACGUCAUGGGAAAAGGUAGACCUACAGUCUUUGGGCCCUCCGGUUGGUUCUGGUGAUACAACACAACAAAAAGGAAAUGUUGGACAACAACAAUAUUAUCCACAUCCUGGAUACCAAGGUUAUCCUUGUUACCAACCUCAGCCUGGUUAUCAACCUCAGCCUGGUUAUCAGAACAUUCAGUAUCCAGGCUUAUAUGGUCAAUAUCCGGGACAUCCAGGGAAUGUACCUCAGACGUAUAAUCAGGGAUAUCCUCCAAGAAGCUAUAGUUAA